AUGCACCAGCAAAAGCACAAGUCCUCUCAAGAGUCCACCAAAUUGGUCACUCAAUAAUGCCCAUUAUCUCCACACUCAUCGCCUUGCAUCUCUCUCUCUCUUUUCUCUCUCUCUCUCUAUAUAUAUUUGUAUAUGUAUGUGUGAAUGUUAUUACAAGUCUAAGGCCACCAAAAACAGUCUUUUACUGGCAAUUGAAGUGGGAAAACAGGCCUCUCCUUCUCUCUAGAAGUCCUUUUUUUAUUUUUCUAUCUCUAAAGCAAGGAUUUUAAAGUUGAUUGAAGGAUUUGUGGGUUAUUUUUCUUUGAAUCUGUUAUCAAUCGAGCGGGUUGUGAAGUUCACUCUACAGUUGUAGACAUAUCUGUGAUGGCGCUCUCUACAUUUUCAUUUCCUGGGCAUUUUAACCGGGCAGUAACUUCAGAUAAUCAAAAGCACAGUUCAAUCUCUCCUCAUGUGUUCUGGGGAACAGAUCUGCUUUGUCAAUUCCAUCAGAAGCACAAUCAGGUUUGGAUUGUCAAGAAAAGGCCUGGUGGGGUUUGGGCAUCACUGUCAGAGAGAGGGCAGUAUUACUCACAAAGACCAGCCACUCCUCUCUUGGACACUAUCAACUAUCCAAUUCACAUGAAAAAUCUGUCUGUGAAGGAAUUGCAACAACUUGCAGAUGAGUUACGUUCUGAUGUCAUCUUCAAUGUCUCGAAGACUGGGGGUCACCUUGGUUCGAGCCUUGGCGUUGUGGAGCUCACGGUGGCUCUUCAUUACGUCUUCAAUUGUCCUCAAGACAGGAUACUUUGGGAUGUUGGUCAUCAGUCAUACCCACACAAGAUAUUGACUGGGAGAAGAGAUAAAAUGCACACAAUGAGACAGACAAAUGGGCUGUCAGGAUUCACUAAGCGCUCGGAGAGUGAGUAUGAUUGCUUUGGCACGGGUCAUAGUUCAACCAGUAUCUCAGCAGGCUUAGGGAUGGCAGUAGGAAGGGAUCUCAAAGGAAGAAAAAACCAUGUAGUGUCUGUUAUAGGUGAUGGUGCCAUGACAGCAGGUCAAGCUUAUGAAGCAAUGAACAAUGCGGGGUACCUUGAUUCCGACAUGAUUGUUAUUCUUAAUGACAACAAACAGGUCUCUUUACCCACUGCUACUUUAGAUGGGCCCAUACCACCUGUGGGAGCUCUGAGCAGUGCUCUAAGUAGAUUGCAAUCAAACAGACCUCUCAGGGAACUAAGAGAAGUUGCAAAGGGAGUUACCAAACAAAUUGGUGGGCCUAUGCAUGAAUUGGCUGCCAAAGUUGAUGAAUAUGCUCGUGGGAUGAUCAGUGGUUCUGGAUCAACGCUGUUCGAGGAACUUGGACUCUACUAUAUUGGUCCCGUUGAUGGUCACAACAUAAAUGAUCUUAUUGCCAUUCUCAAGGAGGUUAAGAGCACCAAAACAACCGGUCCUGUCCUGAUUCAUGUAGUCACUGAGAAAGGCCGUGGAUAUCCAUAUGCAGAGAAAGCUGCAGACAAGUACCAUGGAGUGGCCAAGUUUGAUCCUGCAACUGGAAAGCAAUUCAAAGCCAGUGCUAAAACUCAAUCUUACACAACUUACUUUGCCGAGGCUUUGAUUGCAGAAGCAGAAGCAGACAAAGAUGUAGUUGCCAUCCAUGCUGCGAUGGGUGGUGGAACAGGCUUAAAUCUUUUCCUUCGCCGCUUUCCUACUCGAUGUUUUGAUGUUGGGAUAGCAGAACAGCAUGCUGUUACUUUUGCUGCAGGACUGGCCUGUGAAGGCUUAAAACCCUUCUGUGCAAUAUACUCAUCAUUCAUGCAAAGGGCUUAUGACCAGGUAGUACAUGAUGUGGAUUUGCAGAAGCUUCCAGUGAGAUUUGCAAUGGACAGAGCUGGUCUUGUUGGAGCAGAUGGUCCAACACAUUGUGGAUCUUUCGAUGUCACUUUUAUGGCAUGCCUCCCAAACAUGGUAGUGAUGGCUCCUUCCGAUGAGGCGGAGCUUUUUCACAUGGUUGCAACUGCUGCUGCCAUAGAUGACAGGCCCAGUUGUUUCCGGUACCCGAGAGGAAAUGGGGUGGGUGUACAGCUGCCACCAGGAAACAAAGGCAUUCCUCUUGAGGUUGGAAAAGGCCGGAUAUUAAUUGAAGGGGAAAGAGUGGCACUCUUGGGCUACGGAGCAGCAGUUCAGAGCUGUCUGGCUGCAGCCUCCUUGGUGGAAUCCCAUGGUUUACAAUUAACAGUUGCAGAUGCGCGCUUCUGCAAACCAUUGGAUCAUGCUCUUAUUCGCAGCCUAGCAAAAUCACAUGAGGUUUUGGUUACAGUAGAAGAAGGAUCAAUUGGGGGAUUUGGUUCUCAUGUUGCUCAGUUCAUGGCCCUUGAUGGUCUUCUUGAUGGAACAACAAAGUGGAGACCAGUGGUUCUUCCUGAUCAGUACAUUGACCAUGGAUCACCGGCUGACCAAAUUGCCCAAGCCGGUCUUACACCAGCUCAUAUUGCAGCAACUAUAUUCAAUAUACUUGGACAAACAAGAGAAGCUCUUGAGAUCAUGUCAUAGAAAAGAUGCCAGGUUUUCAUCUCUCUCUACAUUGUACAAAUAUGUUAACUGAAAGAAUUUACUCUUUCCUUGUGUAAAAAAGUAUUGUUGAUAUUAACCCAGUGUAGUUAAAUAACUUAAAUCCGAGGUAUCAACCCGCAGCACCAAUUUGCUGAAAGAUACUGAGGAUCUCUUGCUGCUUAAACAUGUGAAAGAAUUACAUAGAAUCUUUGUAACUGUUAGCUGGUCAAAUCAUUCUUAAGGUUAAAUAUAUUGGCAAUCAAAUUCUGCUUUUCUUUA